GACCAUCUGCCAAACCCAUUUCGACAUAGCUUGGGAAAGUCUCAUGCCUUACACGUUCUUUUGAUUCUGUCUGCACUUGAUCUCCUCCACUCACUUGCUUAACCCUUAUUCUUGCCUGGUUUGAUGUCAUAGCAACGGUCUACCAACUACUACUUUCAUUCAUAAAAUCUGUGGCAGCCUUAGUCCUCACCGCCGUUCAUUCGCCCAAUUUGUUCCAUUUCGCCUUUUGCUCCACAUGCGCCGCCAACAAAUCAAGUUUUAAGCGCCGUCUACUGGAUCUCAAUAAGAAAGAUCGUGUUAGCAAUGCCUCACAAAGACCGCGAUAACGAUCCUGAGGUCGAAAACGAACAAACUUCACCCGAGAAGCUGCGUCACCGAUCUUCCAAAAGUGACAAAGAUCCAAAUCGAAAGCACAAAUCAAGAUCCAAGGCCAUAGAUCCUGAAACGGGAGAGCCUGUCAAAUCAUCUCAUCGUCGAAAGAGGGAUAAAACAAAGGACGAAAAAAACGAAGGCAUGUCGGAGGUGACAACUACGACAAUGGCGGAUGUUGUUCCUGAGCUCUCGAGGACUUCCUCCACGCCAGGUACAUCAUCCUACCCAACUUUUAAUAAAAACUACAGUAAAGAGGCUGUAAAUAGCUAUGUGUCAGAGAGGCCUGCAAAAUCAAAGACUGGGCCUUACACGCCAGAAGCAACAGAUAUCGACUCUGAGAAGAAUAAAUCCAGAUCUGCAGAGAACCUAAGGCGAGCAGCUUCUGCAAAAGGCAGACCACCCAGUCCACCAGACACUGAAUUUACACACCGACAGAAAUCAACAUCUUCACGAAUGAGCAAGGUGAGGGAGGAGGGUUCUGAAAUGUCCUCGAGGCCCAGUUCUCGGAGCUCGGAACAUCGAAAGUCAUCAAGGAAGGAGAAAGAAGACCGGUCAUCCACAUCUUCAAAAUCUAGGCCAUCAAAGACUGGUACACCACCCCUACGGACAUCAAGCUCAAGGGCCUCAAGGACCGAAAGGUAUGACGAAGACGAUGACUCCAAUGUCACAUCUGUGGCAGGUAAAAGGCAGUCACAACCUACAUCUCGCCGACGACCUACCAAUAUCGAUACGGAUUCCUCCCCGGCUUCGGCACAGGAUUCUUCACCAAAGACCCCCACCCAGACUCCCCAAUUUCCUCCAUCGGCUGAUAUGAAAUCUACUCCGUCUCCUUAUAUGCAUUUUGAUGCAUCCUCUGUUAAAUCUAGUGUGUAUGGCUCUCCACGUCCUCCUCCACCACCCCCUCCCCCGAAUUUACCAUUAAACAUCCCUAGCGUUGAUUACCUCCUCCAAAAUGGCGGAUUGGUUCGUCCGGUUCCCAAGACCUUACUCUCUACCUCCUCCCAGUCGCUCAAUUCAUCAAGGUCCUCUCCUCCCGCGGAAAUCCAGAAGAUAUUCGGACCAUACUUCAACAUCCUGGACCAAUACGAAACUGUCAUCAAUAAGAGUGGAUCACUCGCAGUUGCUACUGGAUAUCGCUCCGUUGCAAGGAGACUACUCGACCGCUUGGAAAAUGUUUUUGCUAGAGAUUUAUCAUCUGAUGGUUGCUUGUGUGUUAUGUGUCAGGACUUGGAUCUUGAUUCUCACGAGGGGAGUAGAGGUCUCUCAUGGGGAGAGGUCUUGGAAUGGGUUAGUGGUCGACGUGAACUUCCCGAAUGGCCUGCCUUUGAUUUCUCAGCACUUGGUGCGAAAUCAGUCGAUGAUUUAGCUGGUCUUGGUAUAUCAGGUCAUCACAGGCCUGGAUCACCUAUUAAGAUCGAUCCUGAUGUAGCUGACGAAUUUCGGGAACAUUAUCUACGACAAUCCAUUAAAACAAAAGCAUCAGUUGACAAAUGGCUCUCAAGUUGCCCCGAAACAACAUCUGCACCUCCUCAAGAAGUAGAUGAUGAAACUCUCUCAUUUGCUAUACUAACUCAUCUAAACCACCAUGACCGACCUCUCUUCAACGCUUUGCUUAGUGGCUCCACUACAUUACAACCCGUUUCACGAGCACCUACUCCAUUACGAAAACCACGCUCGGAUUUCAUGAUAAAAACAGUACAGUCUAUGCAACGACUGUAUAGACUGCCACUUCCUCCACGAGAUCCAGAAGUCGCCAUAUAUCUACUCAAGAACCCACAUAUUCACAAUCUUCUCGCAACAAUUUCUGGCAUCGCACCAUCAGAAUGGGAGAUUUUGAUAUCUGGCCGAUUCGAUGGAUUCUUAUGGUCUGGAGCUGAUAAUGAAGUCGUUGAUGAAUUCCCUUCUCGCGGACCCACACCAAAUGGUUACCGAGGACCAUCACCUGUCAUGAGAGGCCCCUCUCGUAAUAACACGCCAUUCUCACCUCGGUCAGCUAGUUAUGGUUCUCGUGGUCCUACUCCAUCUCAACAGUACAGGCAUCCAGUCUCUAACGAUGAGGAGGCUGAAAUUGCUGUCUUGGCUGAAAUAGAGCGUGAGAUAUAUGUAGGAAUGGAGGCACUUGAGGAUGCAUUCGAAGGGUUACAUCGAAAGGCCGAGGCUGUUCGUAAAGCUCUUCGUGAACGUGGUGUCGGAUUGACUAUGGCAGCAGAGUCAAGACGAACAAGUCGUCCAGAAAUCAUUGUUGGUACUCCUGGUCCUUACUCGGCAGGUUUGGGACCAGGAUACGAGAGACCAAGUUGGGCCGAAGGUGGUAGCGAGUUUAUGAGCGAAGCCGAUUGGGAUGAAGAUGAAAUGCAAAGUGAAUUGGCGCCAGAUGAUUCUGCAAGUAACAUCAGCAGUUCAAGACACAGACGACCAAAACGAAGAAAUGAAAGAAGAACACCGGCAUUGGUUGAAGAAGAUGAAGAUGAGGGUUGAAAACCUAGGAUAUCUUUUCAAUCGCGAAUACAAUAUUAUGGAAGAUAUAAAAAUGAUAUGACAGUAUGAGAUUAUGAGGAAACGCCUCUUACAGAGAUGGAUGAAAUGAGAUUACGAUUUGUUUACGAAAUGAUAUCCUACCUACUGCGAAAGUAUAGUGCCAGCCUGAAAAAGUAUAGUGCCAGCCUGAAAAAGUACGACAGGAAUACGGGGGAGAUUUUUUAGCAAGCUAUGAGAGCAAGAGCGGUUCUACAUCUGGAAAUGAUAUGGACUUUUUUGACGGGAUAUUUUGUGGUUUAUAUAAGCAGGGAAGUAGUUUGCAAUGCGCAGGUUCCAUUUGCAUACAAUGUGGGACUUGAGAUUAAGAUACGGAGAUGUGAGGAGGUAUAGAAUAGUACAGCAAUGAUAUCAUAACAUUCCCUCGUAAUACUAGCA